GCGACGCGUGCGCACGUGCCCGCGCGUGUUACACACGACCUAUUAUUACGUUCAUGAAAAUUAUAUGAAACUGUGAAACUUACUGCCGUCUUAUUAUAUUUUGAUUAUUCUUAAUAAUUACUGAAGUGAUUUUUAACAUUACCGACUUUCAUUAAACAUUUUUUCGAGUGCUUUUUACGAAUGCUAUUAAAUAGUGCGUUGAAGGAAAUUUAAGUGGAAAUAAGAAUGGAGUAUCAGAGGCAUAUGGAGCCGAGUCACCAGGGCCAGGGUCAAGGCCAGGGACAGUGGGGCUAUGGCUGGGGGACCCCGGCGGCUCCUCCCAACACACACAGGAACAAGAGACCGCACUCAGAGAGCGAAGACGACGCCUUCUCCGAGGAAAGCAGCAAGGACGCCACGUCUCCGGGCGGGGACUCCUGCCAGCUGAUGACUCGCAAGAGGAGGAGAGGAGUGAUCGAGAAGAAGCGUCGCGACAGGAUCAACACCUCGCUCACUGAACUCAAGAGACUGGUGCCCGCCGCCUGCGAGAAGCAGGGCAGCGCCAAGCUGGAGAAGGCCGAGAUACUGCAGCUCACCGUGGACCAUCUUAAGAUGCUGCACGCUAAAGGUCUGGACACGUACGCUUACGACCCUCAGCGGUACGCCAUGGACUACCACAACAUCGGGUUCAGGGAGUGUGCGGCGGAGGUGGCGAGGUACCUGGUCAGCUGUGAGGGUCUGGACAUCCAGGAUCCUCUGCGUCUUCGUCUCAUGAGCCACCUCCAGUGUUUCGCCGCUCAGAGGGAGCUCGCCGCCAAGUCCAACUGGGGCUACCCUCAGUACCCUGCCGUGCCUCAGCCUCAACACGGAUACGCGGAGUUGAGACACGAGGCUCCGGUGUCCACGGCCGCCACCACGGUCACGGCUCCCACCGCCAUCGCCGCCCCGCUCACGGCCGCCCCGACCUACCCGCACUACCCUCCCGCACCGCCCGCACCCCCCGGUCCUCCGGCCCCCCCGGGACCCCACCCCGCCCCGCCGGUCCCCCAUUACCCCGCCCCGUACCCACAUCACCCCCCACAUCAUCAGUACUCACAGAACAGCUCCAAGCCCUACAGACCGUGGGGCGCGGAACUGGCGUACUGAUUGCGACACACAUUAGACAUUCCGAUGUGUAUAGCUGAACACUGGACGCUGAACACGUUCUGAACGCCGCUGACGCAUCGAUAGUCUCGUUCAGAAUCAAUCAGACGAAUCGGAUUAUGUAGUUGUGGAUCUCAGAGUUUAUUUUGCCCAAAAACUUGAAGACUGUUAAAAUAGAUCGAAUAUUUAAUAAGUUGCGUGAUACCAUAUAUUAUAUUAUAUUGAUAUUUUAAUCUCGGAAACAAUCGGGACCAAAAACAGAGCUUUAAUAGAGAGGAGAGGAAGCUUAUACAUAUAGAUGUAGGGUAGCUUUAUACGCGCGGUUGUGAACUAGUUGUUGUAUACCUGUGUGAUAUUUUAAAGAGUGUACAUUACUGUAUAU